GUGAACAUAGAUGAGUACCAGGAAGAGUACACGAUGACAGCACCAGGAAUAAUACAGAUGACUGCACAAAGAGAAUUCAGAUAUUCUCUUCCAAACGGAGAAGAGUUUGUUCACUACUUUGCAAUCGAUCAGACUUUCGUUUUCGAUUACUGCAAAUUUGAUAAGAAAUCAAUUGGGGAAACGUGGAAGUUGAAAGUUGGGAAGAAUUUCAUCAGUUACGAGAGUAGAGAGCAAAUAAUUAGAUUCGGAUUGAGCAACAAAAUCACACCUUUAGGAGAUUUCGACCCAUGCGAAGAAGGUCGAUCCCAGUGUGUACCAAACAGCGCUUGCGUGGUGGAGAAUGAUUUCUUCCGUUGUAUCUGCAAUCCUGGAUAUCAAAAUAUUUACGACGGCAACCAAACACUCUGUUCAGAUAUUAACGAAUGCCAGACGGGACAGCACGAGUGCGAUUACAAUGCCCAGUGUAUCAACGUAGUUGGCAGUUACAUCUGCCAAUGUAAUCCUGGGUUUGAAGGGAACGGGCAUCUAUGCGAUAAUGCAAAGUCGUGUCAGAAUGUUACCUGCAAUGAAAACUCUGAAUGCGUGGAAAGCAAUGGUAUAGCCCGUUGUAAAUGUAUGGUCGGAUUCACAGGAAAUGGUCAAUAUUGUGAACCUUUGAUUGAACAAAGCUGUCAUUUAGGAAACAAUUGUUCUCCCUUUGGUUACUGCGAGAUAAACCGGGAAACCAAUAAUUAUUAUUGCUCAUGUUUACCGGGUUAUGCUGGUGAUGGCUACACGUGCUAUCAGCUCGAGACAACUACUAUUGAAAUUACAACUCAAGAAAAUUUUGGAGGUCAAAAGGUUGAGCAAAUUUGUUCAGUGGAGUCUUGCUGGUGUCCUGAUGGUUACAGAAUAGAAUAUGGAACGAACUAUUGUGUCCUGGGAGAAGAUGUAACCCAGUCAGGAGGCGUAUCUGAUACUACAUUACAAUUCAUUGAUGGUUAGUUC